AUGGUGGAGGAAAGUAAAGAAAUGAAAAGUCAAAUCACGAAGCUGACUGGAGCUUUGGUUGUUCAAGAACGCGACAGGUUCCCUUCACAAGCCCAGUCAAACCCAAAGGGUCAACAUAUGGCGCAAACCUCAUGUCUUGAUAAUCAAAAUGUUAAGGAGGUGAAUGCCAUCAGUACUCGUAGUGGUAAGAUUAUGGAAGAACCAUCAACAAAUGCCACCGCUUCGAGUAGUAAGGAAGUUGUCCCUGAGAAAGAUGAGCCAACAAAUAUUUCGGUAAAGGUGCCUUUUCCCCAAGCUCUGCGUCCAAUUGGGAAAGUACCGGAACACCAAAAUGAGAUCCUAGAGCACUUGACUCAAGUGAAGAUUAAUCUUCCUUUGCUUCAUGUUAUCAAGCAAGUGCCUGCUUAUGCUAAGGUUAUCAAGGAUCUGUGCACUAUCAAAAGGAAGCACCAUGUCAAGAAGACAACAUUCUUGACAGAACAAGUAAGCGCGGUGAUCGACCAGAAAACACCGCUCAAGUACAAGGAUCCCGGUUGUCCCACAAUUUCCUGUCAGAUUGGGACACAUGAGUUCAGCCAAGCUUUGCUUGAUUUAGGAGCGAGUGUUAACCUCAUGCCAUACUCUGUCUACUCGCAACUUGGUCUUGGAGAAAUUAAGCCCACAUCUGUGGUUCUGCAGCUGGCUGAUCGAUCGAUCAAGAAGCCUCAGGGGAUAGUUGAGGAUGUUUUGGUUCAAGUUGAUAAGUUCUAUUACCCCAUUGACUUUCUAGUCUUGGAUACUCAAUCCAUGGUGAGUAUGGAGUCCAAGAUUCCCAUCAUCCUCGGAAGACCCUUCCUUGCUACAGCCAAUGCUCUCAUCAACUGUAGGAAUGGUCUGAUGAAGAUAUCCUUUGGGAACAUGACUUUGGAGGUGAAUGUUUUUCACAUUGCAAAGCAACCACGUGAUAAUGACGAGUGCCACCAAACAUUUCUAAUUGACACACUCGUCUCAGAGGAGGUUCAAUUGUGUAGCAAUUCUGAUGAUCUUGACGAUUUCCUCCGCAUUUCUGAAUCUGAGAGUUCCGGUCCUUGUGAGUUGGCCAACAAUGUCACCAUUUUCAAAGACUCACAAGGCAGAGGAACCAAGUUUUGGCAACCACGCUUUGAAGAGCUACCUAGAGAAAAAGAAAAACCAAAACCAUCCAUCGAAGAAACCCCAAACCUCAAGCUGGCUCAACUGCUUGAGAAUCUAAAACAUGUCUUCCUGGGAGCUGGUGAUACCUUUCCUGUCAUCAUUUCAUCUAAACAUGAUGCAUUUCAAGAGCAGUGUGGUAUUCCUGUUGAUGCUCAACACAACGUGGAAGAAGAAUAA